GGCCUCCAGAUGGACCACGCCUCCCUGCUGAAGCAGUUUGAACAUUUGGAUCCACACAAUCAAAACACGUUUGAGGCGAAAGACCUUGAGCUGCUGAUCUCAACAGCCACCAAGGACCUCGAGAACUACGACGCCGAGAGACACGAGGAGUUUAAGCGCUACGAGAUGCUGAAGGAGCACGAGAGGAGAGAGUACCUGAAGGGCCUGGACCAGGAAAAGAGGGAGAAAGAGGAGAAGAGAAUGUUAGAGCUGCAGGAGAAACACCGGCAGCACCCCAAAGUUAACGCUCCGGGUAGUGUUGCUCAGUUGCGGGAAGUUUGGGAGGAGACAGACGGCCUGGAUCCACAAGAGUUCAACCCUAAAACCUUCUUUAAACUGCAUGAUACGAACGAAGAUGGUGUUUUAGACGAGCAGGAAUUGGAGGCUCUCUUCACAAAGGAGCUGGAGAAGGUCUACGAUCCAAAGAACGAGGAGGAUGAUAUGAUGGAGAUGGAGGAAGAAAGGCUGAGGAUGAGGGAGCACGUCAUGAAGAAUGUGGAUACAAACAAGGACCGGCUCGUCAGCCUGGAGGAAUUCCUGAAAUCCACUGAGAAGAAGGACUUUAAUAGCCCCAGAGAGUGGGAGACUCUGGACUCGAAGCCGGCGUACACGGAGGAAGAGCUCCAGCGAUUUGAGGCUGAGCUCAGAGACAAAGAAGAAGAGCUGAAGAGGAGAGCGGAGACGCUGCGGCAGGAGCAGGACCUGCUGAAUGAAAGAGGCAAAGCCCUGGAGGCUCAGAAGAGAGAGUACCAGCAGGCGGUAUUAGAGAUGUCCCAGCGACAGAAGGAGCAGCAGGCAGCAGAUGGGCAGCCUCCUGCAGGCCCUAACGGAGAACUACAGUUUCAACCACAGGCACCUAAACCUGAAGUUAAAGAGGAAAAAGCUCCAGCUGAUCCAGAAGCUCAAGUCCAGAACAAUCUGCCUGCUGAGCCUCCACAGAAUCUGCCUUUACACACUUAACGCACCAUGCUCUGACAGCCCACACACACACGCACACACAUGCACACACACAUGCACACACACAUGCACGCACACGCACACACACACUCUGCACACUUUGCACUGACACAGAUAUCCAGAUGGGUUCUACAAACUCAGUAAUGUGAGUAGUAUGUGUGAAUUCAGGCGGACUGGACUUGUGAAUCAUGACGUAUCGUAUUGUGUGUUCAUGUCUGUGGUCUAUGUUAGAUUCAAGCUCUCAAAACAACAGAUAAAAACUGUAUGUGUAUUUUCAGAAAUCUUCAGCUUCAGUGAAGUUUUCAUUCGUGCAGGGCCUUCGGUGUAAAAACACUAUCAUCUUCGAAUAAAGUGUUAAUUUAAAACCUCUAAAA